UACUUCAGUUCUCAGUUCCAGAACAGACGCUGCCAGAUACCUAUAUGAGAUUGGCAAGCUCUAUAGUACAGCCCAGUUGUCGUUCAGAAACGCCGACGUUGAGGCUGUUGCCUCCUUUCGUUUAAUUCUCCGCAUAUAAAAAUUAUACCCAAAAAUAUUGUUUUUUUUCAAUUUUUUAUUCGGAUGUUAAUUUCCGUUUAAUAAAUUCAAAUUGUUGGUGUUCGUUUAAGUGAUUGUUCAAGAGAAAAUAAAUCCUUUACAGCCCCGUGAUUCUUAGUAGAUCUUCAGAAUGGCAAGUUUGAAAAAUGCUCUGGGUGCUCACGAGCUAACAGACAAGAAGAGUGGAUUGUAUCGUGCAUUGUUUGCUGAAUUUUUGGGAACGUUACUACUCAAUUUUUUUGGAUGUGGUGCAGUUAUGACUGACAAUGUUGUAGCAAUAAGUUUGGCUUUUGGAAUAGCAGUUGCAGGUGUGGUUCAAGCUAUUGGUCACGUGUCAGGGGGUCACAUUAAUCCUGCCGUUACAUUUGGAAUGUUGGCAAUUGGAAAGGUGCCAGUGAUAAGAGCGAUUCUUUACGUGUUAUCGCAAUGUGCAGGUGCAAUUGCCGGUUCAGCAGUUUUGAGAGCCCUUUCUGAUGAAGUGAAUUUUUCGGAAAAUAAAUUAGGAGCCGUGGGAUUAAAUAAAUUAACACCGGUACAAGGAUUUGGAAUUGAAUUUUUCCUAUGUUUAAUUCUUGUAAUGGUUGUUUGUGGCGCUUGCGAUGGAGGAAAACCGGAAAGUAAAGGUGUUGCGCCCUUAAUUAUUGGCCUCACUGUCUCUGCAUGCCACCUUAUUGCCGUGAAAAGAACAGGAUCAGGAAUGAAUCCUGCGAGAUCAUUGGGUAGUUCUGUUGCAUUAGGAGAUUAUAACGAUCAUUGGGUUUAUUGGAUUGGACCAAUUUUGGGUGGGGUGGCUGGUGCCUUAAUUUAUACACAUGCACUUGGUACAGCAAAAGAGCAAGAGCUUCCAAAUUAUGCAAAUGUGGCCACUGAAGAAAAGGAGCGGUUCGAGUACAUCGACAGCGGACGUGGUGGCCUUUAGGGAUGAGAGAUGAGAAAAAAAAUACAAAGAGAAUCGAAGAGCGUGGUUUUCCCUUUUUUUCGUUUCUUUUUUUUUUAAUAACAAAAAAAAAUCGAGAGUCAUAACCGUUAUUUUCCAGCUCCAACGGCUUACAAGCAAGAAGGGCUCUCAACCUGCUUGAUUUAACAACGGUUAAUCUACUACAUCUUCAUUUGCGCACUUUUUAAUCAAGCAUAUAUAUAUAUAACCAGCAUGAUGCUGCAUGCUUAUAUUUUAUAUAUAAACGUUCGUCUUUAUACUGGAGAAGACCAAUUUUCAUUCGCAUCAUCACGAAGAAAUUUUUAUCCAAGUUAAAAUUUAAGUUACACUAUUUUUAUAAAAUUAUUACUAUUACUAAAAAGCUAAUUUUUUAAUUCAUUUUAAUGGUUGAAAGUGCUUUUUCAAAAUUAUACCGCAUUUUUAUGUAAAAUGGAUUUUUAAAUAUUGAGAAAAAAAAAAUAUAAAGAGACAAAAAUAUGUAAAUUUUUUUCAAGUCAGAAAUAAAAGAUUUUUCUGGUUGUGUUCUUACGAAAAGUAACAGUGAAAUAUUAAAUUAUUGUAAAUUUUAGAAUCAAUAAUAAUUAAUUUUUAAAUUAAUAAUUUUUUUAUAAUUAAUUUAAAUAAUUAUUAAAAAUUAGUUAUUAUUAAUUCAAAAAAUCAAUAAAUAAUUAAUUUUUCAAAAAAUGAUUGCCAAUUGUGUUUAUAUAAAAUGAGCUUUGAGUAAAUUUUUUUACAAAAACCUUAUGCUUGAUUUUAUAUUAUAAAAAAAAAAUGCGUCUCUUACCACACACUAAUUAAGGGAAUAAUUUAUAAAAUUUAUAAAAAUUUGUAGAUACAAAUUUUAUGGCUAUUAAUUUUCUGACUAGAUUUUUUUAAAGCCCUUUUUUCUACAAGUGUUCUAAAUUUUAU